AUGAGCAUACGUCCACAGCCUGCCAAGAGAGGCAGCUACCGCGUGUCGGAAAGGAGGAAGGAGCAGAAUCGGCAAUCUCAACGUGCUUAUCGGGAGAAGAAGAAGAGGCGACUACAGACUCUUGAGAGACUUGCUGUAUCCCAAAAAUGGGCCGAGAUUACGGGCGCCUUCGCAUCAGACACCAUUCCAGAUGAACAAAGCACUUUCGAUCUCUCGAGGCCGUUUGGCCCUGAUGCCCAUCGAAUGAAUUAUGGACUACUAUUGGAUCUUCAAGGACCAGCUACCGCCAGAGACCAAAACAUUGGAAGCGAGAAAGUCCCUGGAGAUAACUCUGCAGCACCACCAAUAGGGAUCCAUACCACGUCGCGAUCGAAACCUUCAGCGCCACACCUUCACGACUUACCGUCGAGUUUCAGCAUCAUGAACUCUUCCGGACAAACAGAUCCUCCUCUCGAUACUACGUCCUUUGGUGCAUGUGCUGGCAUUCCUUACGGUCGAUUCAAUACGUUUAAAUUACCCCAGCUUUGA